ACAUUUAAAAUGUGAGGAGAAAAGGAAGGGAAAAAAAAAAACUUCAGUCAAGCUGCUGCAGGAGGGCGUACAUGGCGCGUGAAGUGACGUCAUCAGCCUUUCCUGGGGCCAUUCAGCAGCGCCGCGUACGGGAACUGCACUUUUCCUCGUAAUUUCUUGCGUUUUCGUCUUCCUUUCCCCCCGCUGUUCUUUCUCCUGUUUGUAACCCCCACAGCAUUGCACGGUGUCAGAUCCAUCUGCAGAGCUUUGUCACAGAUUAGCUGGCUCUGGGCUUUUCUCUCACAGCAGUGGGGAACAUCGCAGACGUCCAGCCAACUCUCUAACUAUUAACCUAAAACUCAAGCAUGGGGAAGCAGAACAGCAAGCUGCGACCAGAGGUAAUGCAGGACCUGCUGGAGAGCACGGAUUUCACUGAACAUGAGAUCCAGGAGUGGUACAAGGGCUUCUUGCGGGACUGCCCCAGUGGCCACCUAUCUAUGGACGAGUUCAAGAAGAUCUAUGGCAACUUCUUUCCAUACGGAGACGCCUCCAAAUUUGCUGAGCACGUGUUCCGCACCUUCGACGCCAAUGGCGACGGCACUAUAGACUUUAGGGAGUUUAUCAUCGCGCUCAGCGUCACGUCGCGAGGAAAGCUGGAGCAGAAGUUGAAAUGGGCUUUCAGCAUGUAUGACCUGGAUGGGAAUGGAUACAUCAGUAAGGCUGAGAUGCUGGAAAUCGUGCAGGCUAUUUAUAAAAUGGUUUCGUCAGUAAUGAAGAUGCCAGAGGAUGAGUCUACACCAGAGAAAAGAACAGAAAAGAUCUUUAGACAGAUGGACACCAACCGAGAUGGUAAGCUGUCUCUGGAGGAGUUCAUUAAAGGAGCGAAGAGUGACCCAUCUAUCGUUCGUCUGUUGCAGUGUGACCCCAGCAGUGCAGGACAGUUCUAAAAGUCGCAUCCACCAUAUUCUCCUCCUCCAUUUUAUUUAUUUAUGGUUUUUAUUUCAGUCUUUGAUACCGUAAUACUGGGACACGACUGGGCCUAUUUAUAUGGGUCUGUAUCCCAUUAAACUGAGCUUCACCAGAUAUAGGCACCAUGUACACAUACAACCCUUACUCUCUCUUUCUCUCUCUCUCUUUCUCUCUCUCUUGCGCUCUCUCUCUCUCUCUCUGUCUCUCUCUCUAUAUAUAUCUCACAAACACACAUUAUUACAUGCUGUGCUCUGUGAGGAUUUCUGAUAGGGGAUAUCUCUGUGCUCAGUCGUGUAACUUGGACUGCCUGAUAGAAGCACAUGUUUUAUUCAUGCAGCAUGAGGAGUUUAAAUAAUUUGGUCGAAUAAAAUUUGAAGAGGAGAUGGACAGCUUGGCAUAAUGGAGAAGUGAAGCACUGUGAAAAAAGAGAUUUGGAAGCCUGCUUGUGUUUCUUAUUUUAAUAGGACAGCUUGACCGUACUGUCAAAUGUCCAGCAGUAUUGUUACAAGAAGACACAGCUAUACAUUCUUCACGCUUAGUUUUUGACCAGCAGUGAUUAACACCACAUCCUCACCAGAUGCCUUUUUACACCAUUCAGUACUUGCACCAAACAGAUGCAGUUAAAUAGAUUAGUAGUGUAGGUUUUUUUUGUUUUUAGAAUUGUAAAGUCAUGCAGUACUACACUGCUUUUUUAAAUCCUGACCUACAACAUGGUGUGGAAUUGGAGUUUAGUUAUUUUGUCCCUAUUCUAGUUUUUGGCUUGCCUGAAGUGUCCUGGAUCUUAACUCUGGACAUGCACACAUUCUUGGCAGAGCCUUAUAAUUUGGUUUAGCUUUUUACUGGGGUGUUAAUUCCCAGUAAUGUUCCAGUAUCUACCCUAUUUAUUAUUAGCAUAUCAGUGUUAUUAAUCAUGACAACCAAUAUUUCAACAUAACUGUGCAGUAUGUACACUACACUUUCCCCAAAUCCCAGUAAACACGAAUAACUGUUAGAAGUGCACUCAUGAUUCUCCCUUGUGCUAUAUUGCCAGAAGGAAAUGAAAUGAAGAAUUGUGGCUUUACUAUAAUAGGCCUGUAUAGUCUGUGUAUUUUAUUUUCCAAAUAAUGAAACAACGGGCAUGCAUGCAGAACUGUCAGAUGACUAUUUUAAGAUGCAACAUAUUGCUUUUAGUGUUUUCAGUGGAGCAUGUUAAAUAAGUUUUAGCUGUAUAUGGAAGAGAAAAUGUUUGUGUUGUAUGCAUGCUGGUUUGUGUGUGUAUGUGUGUGGCUAUAGUGUGUCCUGGUACUGUUUGCUCACACUGGCCUCAGUGGUCUGUUGCUUUGUCCAAGAGAGCUUGUGGGCAGCAAAACUCUAAUAUUUACAAUAGAAGACCAGAAGAUUUAUUGAUGUAAAAAUUAGUAUGAUGUACGUCUACCUGUAGUUUGUAGAUAUGUAGACACUGUCAGGUUACUGACCUGCCACACACAUACAUGUGCAAAUAGUAAUGUGUUUCUAUGGAUAACUGCUUCAUUGUUGCCAUGUUGCUUUUUACUGAUGUAAAUGCCUGUAAUGCUGAAACCUAAUCUAGAAAUAGCCUCUUACUACUGGAAGAGUAUAGAACAAAUGGUCAGGGUCCAGUUUCCCAAAAGUGUUAUAGUGUCAAAUCAAUUUAUUCAUGAUAGAAAAGAUGUUUCUUACUGAACUUGGUACAUUAAGAUUAAUGUGAUGUAUUAGCCAGGUGGUUAGACAGCUGGUCUGGAAUUUUAGUGGCAUAACCUGCCUGUAUCUGAAGUCUUCUUAAAGGUUUAACAAUGUGGGAUCUCAGUGACUACAUUUCUUCACCAUUAAUCAAACAAAUCAGCUGAUGUAUAUAAAAAAAGAGAUUUUUAAAAUCAUAUUCACUUGUAUAGUUCCUGUCCUGCAUUCAGUGUGCAUGAUAAACACAUUGGAGCUCCAGAUGCAUUCUGUUGCUGCUGUUUAUUGUAAGUUUUGAAUGUUAUCAGAUGCCACUGCAAAUUGUUAAAUGCCUUACUGCAGUAAUUCUCAGUUACAGUUAUGGGAACUCCACACACUUUACAUUUGAGUGUUUUCCAGCUUUAACACACCUGAACCAGCUUAUAAAGGACUUUGGAUUGGUUCAAGUGUAUUAGAGCUGGUGCUUCACAAAUAUGUACAGAACUUGUGGUUCCCAGAGCUGCAGCUGAGGUCCACUGCCUUGACUUCAGUACUGCUAGAUAUUUUAUUUCAUAAAUGUGCUUUUUUUUUUUCUCUCUCCUUUCUUAAACUGCUGUUUUGUAAAGUUGGAAAAUGUUCAAACAUCACAACUACUGCAGAAAUUUUCUCCAUGGUGUAUGCAUAUGUUUCAUUUUGUAUUUCUUCUUUUUAAGAAUCACAUAUUUCUAUAUCACAAUUUAUAUCAUGUUGUUAGGUGCCAAAUAUACAGAACCAGUAUUGUAUAAAUUUAUACUGUACAAUUAUUUGUCGAACAGAACAUUUGUAUUUGUUGCAGUAUGUUUUUUUGUUUUGUUUUGUUUUUUGUUGUUGGGUAGAUUUUGUAUGGUAACCUGUAUUUUGUGGCAAUGUCAACUUGAGGCAUAGACAUCUGUUUUAGUUCUACUAUAAAGCGAAAAUUAAAUUUAGGAAAUGAACACUUGAUUUCUUUCUUUGUCUGAUAAAUUCCUACACGAUGCCAAAA